AUGCUGGUUCGCACUCCGGGCCACGAGAUGGCGCUGAUGCACCUUUUCUCUGGAUCAUUGGAAACAAAAAGAAGAUCCGGUUCGACGAUCAGGAGGAAGAAGAUCCGGUUCGAUGAUCAGGAGGAAGAAGAUCCGGUUCGAUCCGGUUCGACGAUCAGGAGGCGCCAGAGACACAGUCAGAGCGGAGAGACCUGCACGAAAAUGGACCAGUACAAGGUCGAAACGAUAGAGGUGGACGAGUACCAAGACCAGAAGAAGAACGGCACGGACCCGAAGAACCCGGGUUUAACCGAGCAGGACCGGUCCAUUAGCGGAUCCGAGCAGCAGCAGAACCGCGACCACGCUGUUCCCACAGAUCAACAGAAACUAAGAGCAAGAAGUGGUUCCAGUCGGUAUCUCUGUCAACAUUGUGACCAAGCCUUCACUAAACCAUCGAGACUAAAGAGUCAUCAGAAGGUUCACACGGGAGGGAAACCGUUCUGGUGUGAUCAGUGUGGACAAACGUUCUCUCUGCCUUGCAGCCUGAAACGGCAUCAGCGCAUUCACACGGGAGAAAAACCGCAUUCCUGUGAAACAUGUGGUAACUGUUUCUCCACAUCUUAUGCAUUAAAGCGGCAUCAACGCAUUCACACGGGAGAAAAACUUCACAGAUGUGAAACCUGUGGACAAACCUGCUCCACAGCCUCCAGUCUGAAGCAGCACCAACAUAUUCACACAGGGGAGAAACCGUACUGCUGUGAUGAGUGUGGAAAACGUUUCUCUGCAUCCUCCACUCUGAAACAGCAUCAGCUCAUUCACACUGGACAGAAACCGUACUGCUGUGAUGAGUGCGGGAAAACGUUCUCCGAUCCCAACAGUCGAAGACGCCAUCAGCGUGUUCACACAGGAGAGACACCUUACUGGUGUGAUCAGUGUGGAAAAAUGUUCACUUAUUCAGCCCACCUGAAAAUUCAUCAGCGUAUUCACGCAAGAGAAAAACCCCAAAGAUGCUGAUAAAGAAACAAUAUCUGCUAACAUGGUGAACUGAUGUGGAAGAUUUGCUCCAAUUGUGAAUUUCCCAAUGGGAUGAAUGAAGUGUCCGUCCAUCGAAUUAGCAGUUGGAAUUCAUUGAAUUUGUGGUCAAACCUAAAAGCUAAUAUUUUUAAUACUGCACAAUUAGCCUUUUAUUUUGAAAAGCUCUAUUUUCAUGUAGGGGAAACUGUAUUUUAAUUUUAUUUUAAAUUACUAAAUAAUCAUUUUUGUUAAAAUUCUCUUUAGCUGUUUUAAAAAUCCAUGCUUUUAUUUUGAACUUUUAAAGAUUUAAACUGAGUUCACAAGGAGAUAACACAGUUUAUUUUUUUACAUCAUAUUUCUUUAGGGUUAUACUUGAUUUCCAGUUUUUGUAAGAACAUUUCUACUGUAGAUUGUGUUUUCUUCAAAAACAUGACAAGUUCCCAAUAACUCCCUGACCGAACCGAGUAUCUGCUGUAAUGGAAAUCCCUGCACCACCUAAAUCUCACCAGGGUCCCGCUCUGUCUUACCACUAACCAGACCAAGACUUGUCUCAUAAUUUCUCUUUUCUUCAUGGACUCUCCCACUCGCCCUGGAGAUCUGGAUCCUAAACCAGGAAUGUGAAGUAAUAAAAGGAAAACUCUUCAUUUAGACACAAGUUCUGGUUCAGGUGUAGCAGAACCUUCAAGGGCCAUGAAACUGAUGCCAUUGUAUUCUGUGGACAAAAUAUUAUCUUUUGAUAUUAGGUUGGUUGCUAUGUGAUGUUUAAUGCCUGAUCUACAGAUUUGCCAGGAAAUUCCUUAAGAACAACAAAGGGACUUUAACUUCUCACCGUGCUUUCCUUUGUGAGAAUGUAUAAAACUGAAAUAAAGAUACUCACCUUCUUUUGUUAA